CUGCACUAGUUCCAAUUUAUGUUCCUUGCAUAAAAGAAAGUAUUUAUGAAAAAAAACUUGCAUGACUCCAUUUUAACAGUUUAUUUAAAGGAGUGCAGGAUUUAGUGGCAUCUAGCGGUAUAGAUGCAGAUUGCAACUCACCUGCCUCACGCUCCCUUUACAAGCACAAGGGAGAAAGUAUGGUGGCCACAAAAAUCUAGUACUAUUGUAGAAACAUGGUGGCUCAACAUGGUCGCCUCCACACAAUAGAUUCUCCUAAAUGUUGGACCUUUAAGUAUGCUAUACUUUGCCAACUCUCUCUAUAAUUUGCCAAAUGUUGCUGAACAGUUUCCUUUUUCGUCAGUUUUGAUUUGUUUGGGUUUUUUGGUUGAGGCACAAAGUAGAGGAAAAACAGCUCUCUAGAGGUAGAAUUUAUUAUUCUACAUGAUUUUGAAAAUCUGACUAAAUGAAGAUGAAGUUAAAAUCCUGUAUAUUGUGUUCCAGAAAGAGGAACCAGAGACAAAUGUCGUUAUUCAUCACAUCUCAGAUAUCAGUCAUCAAGAGACUAAAUUCGGUACACUAAACUACAUUUCUUGAGCUAAAAACUGGCUUCAUCAAUUAGUGCUAACCUACAUAUUUAACCCUAUUUAAUAUCCCUCUGGGGUCCAGGACCCUACUGCAAAUAACUGGAUGUCUUUAUUGCAGGAGUUUUAUCUGUGGUGGUGCUGUCUGGAUACGGUGAAGCAGGGCUAUUAUGCGCCAGCUUGAGGGAACGAAAUGCAGCUUCCUGUUGUGCCUGGGGAUGAGUAUUAUUAUCUGUUCAGUCAUUUACUUGAGGGCCAGGAUGCCAACUGAACAUAAGCCUCUGGAGCCUCCCAGUUGCAGGCCCUUCUCCACUGAAUGUAAAGCUUUUCUGAACAGCAUGGAAGGAGAAGAGUUGUACCGCCGUGACUGCCAGGUGGAAAGCUAUAUUCUAAAUAGUCGCCUGCAGUGUUCAGAUUUGAUCAGAGACCUUCACUUCAUCACAACACCUCUGAGCCGUGAGGAGGAGGACUACCCUUUAGCAUUCAUUGUGACCGUUCACAAGGAGCUGGAGCUUUUUGUGCGGCUGCUGCGGGCCAUUUACAUGCCACAAAAUGUCUACUGCAUUCACGUGGAUGCUAAGGCUCCAUGGGAAUACCAGGCGGCUGUAUGGAAGCUAGUCAGCUGCUUCAAAAAUACCUUCAUCUCCAGCCGCAGCGAGACAGUGACCUACGCUGGGUUUUCCCGCCUGCAAGCAGAUUUGAACUGCAUGAAGGAUCUAGCAAAGUCCAAGAUAGGCUGGAGAAAGGUGGUGAAUCUGUGUGGACAGGAUUUCCCUGUCAAGAGCAACCUGGAACUGGUGCGGUACAUGCAGAGCAAAGAGUGGAGGGACAGAAACAUGACGCCUGGGGUCAAGCAACCACUGUCUAUGAGGCACAGGACACAGCUCCAGCACAGGGAGAUUAUGGGGUCACAUGUAGCUCUGAAAGGGUUAGGACUAAAGAAAGAUCCUCCUCCACACAAUCUGCAAAUUUAUUUUGGAACGGCCUACUAUGCUCUCACAAGAGCUUUUGUAGACUUUGUUCUGAAAAGCCGAGUAGCCCGUGACCUCCUGGAGUGGUCGAAAGACACGUUCAGUCCAGAUGAGCACUACUGGGUGACACUCAACCACAUCAAAGAAGCUCCAGGCAACCACAUAGAUGGAGGUUGGGCAGGAAACAUCCGGGCAAUCAAGUGGAGAGAUCAAGAGGGACGGACACAUAAUGGCUGCAAAGGUCAUUACGUUCGAGACAUCUGUAUCUACGGAAUGGAAGACCUGCCAUGGAUCAUCAACAGCAACAGCAUGUUUGCAAAUAAGUUUGAGAGUAAUGUCUUUCCAGAGGCACUGGACUGUCUGGAGCAGUGGCACAGAAACAAGGUGUUGAACCAGGCAACUGUCCCCAUAGAGCCAUCAUGGCUGCUGGCCACACAAAGCAACUCAAGCUACUUCAACAGCAGCGCUGAAGCCUGA